CUUCAAAUUCCAGUGCAUACGAAGGCCCGGAGAGCCGACCACCAAGGUCGUGAACUUGUGAUGCAUCGAUCAGCAGACCGCCCGGAUCUGUGGGUAUGAUGAAAUCGGACCGUCGGACUGGCCUCCCCCUUGGCAAGAUAGGCCAAUUCCAAUGCCUGCCGAUGCGUCUGCCCUUGCAUACCACCACGUCUAGAUCGCUUCGGCACAUGGCGGUCUGGCAUGAAGACAGGGAUGAACCGCACUUUAGCCUCAACUAUGAUGCGCUUCCUUCGAAUCACUCAUCUUUAUCAGAUCGAUACCCUGCAGUAUCAAUGAGUGCAUGAAUGCACCUCUGUUCCCUCCUCCUCCUCCUUCUUUCCCUCCAACAUCAUUGUUCGCUUGAACAUUGUCGCUCAAAAUGGUCCUCCCAGUCGAGAAUCCGACCAAGUCCUACUGGAUCGAGGCUGCCCACUCUCCUCUUCGUGAUUUUCAAUCAACGCCAGAUCUCCCAACCGAAGCCGAUGUCGUGAUUGUUGGAAGUGGUUAUACUGGAGCAACGGCCGCAUACUGGAUUCACAAGUACACCCAAAAUGCCGAGACGAGACCUCGGGUCGUCAUGCUCGAGGCCGGCGAGAUCUGUGGCCGUGCAACCGGGAGAAAUGGUGGUCAACUGAGACCUCACGCAUACUCGCGAUAUCCCAUCUGGAAAGAGCGUUUCGGCUCCGACGGCGCCAUGGAACUCAUCCGCCACGAGAUGGCACACCUGGAUGCUUUCAAAGAGCUCGCCGACGAGGAAGACAUCGCCAAGGAAGUCUGCCUCGCAUUCGGAGAGACCUUCGACGCUGCUAUGACUGAGGAGGCAUUGGCUCGUCUGUUUGCCGCUUACAAGCAGAUGAAACUUGACAGAGGCAUCGACGAUCCUGUCGUUCGUGUAUGCCGCAAGAUCGACGAUCCAAAAGAAGCCGAGGACUUUUCACAGAUGAAGGGAGCACUGGGCGCCAUUGUGCAUCCCACCGGGCAGAUCUGGCCGUACAAAUUUGUCCACGCUCUGCUUCGCAUCAUACUGGACACGGGAAUCUUGAAUCUACAAGCUCACACCCCAGUGCAAACCAUCUCCGAGCAAGACGUCGACGGUUUUGUGACCGUCCAGACCGACCGCGGCAGCAUCAAGACUCGUGCUGUCGUACACGCCACCAAUCGCUGGGCAUCCCAUCUCCUCCCCGAGUUUCAAAAGUGCAUCGUCCCCAGCCGUGCUUCUUUGGCAGCCAUCAAAGCUCCCGAAUACUUCAUCAAGCACACCGGCUCUCAGCACUUCGAUGCCGCCAUCAACAACUACCACCUCCAAAUCCCACCACCCUUCAACACCAUCAUCCUCGGCGGCGUGCGCAAAGUCCUCUGUCAGCACCCGGAGGAAUGCUACAACAACGACAAAGACGACAAGUACUUCCCUGGAGUGGUGGAGUACUGCGAGACGUGGGCAAGGCGAGAUAUUCUCGAUUGGCCGCAGAAUGAGUCUGGUGAACUUGCUCUUCCAGCGACUGAAGGCGGGUGUUGGACUGGGACCUACGGCACAUCAACCGACUCCUUCCCCUUCGUCGGUCCUGUGCCCAACAGGGCAGGACACUUCGUGGCAGCCGGCUUCAACGGGCACGGCAUGCCACGCAUCCUCCUCUCCACAGCACACAUCGUCCCCCUCGUCCUCGAAUCUCUCGGUCAGGAACACACAGCUCCCAAAUUGGUGGAGAACUAUCCACCCCUCCCGGGACCAUUCCACGCUACGGCCGAGCGGAUCGAAAAAUUGGCGAAGACGGUCGACUUGGAAGCCAAAGCGCAUGCGUAUUGCAAGCAGUGUGAGGAGAGUGCGCAGAAGGAAUUCUGUCAGAAGUGGUAG